AUGUCUGAGUUUACAAUUACCAUUAAAAUGACGGGGGACAAGAAACACGAAGUUACAGUUUCCCCGGAAAUGACCGUUCUGCAACUCAAGGAAAAGAUUGCUUCUGAUUUGGACAUUUCCGUAGACCGUCAACGCCUCAUCUUCUCAGGUAAGGUGUUAAAAGAUAAUGACACUCUUGAUGUCUACAAAAUUAAGCAAGGACAUUCGAUCCAUUUAGUCAAAGGUGCCGCAAAGUCAACCUCACAACCACCUCAGCCUCUCUCAACAGAAACUAACACCACCAAUACAACGGGGAAUAAUCCUUCAACUUCGGCUGUUCCGUCAAAUAUUGAAUCAGGUCAAGGCGCGUUCAAUCCGUUGGCCGGCUUAACAGAUGCGAGAUAUGCAGGUUACAAUAUUCCAAUGCCAACUAUGGAUCAACUUGGUUUUGGUGCUGAUGGCAUGCAAUUACCUCCUGAAAACCAAUUGGAACAAAUGAUGGACAAUCCUUUGUUUCAAGAAAGUAUGAGAUCGAUGCUUUCAAAUCCUCAAAUGUUGGACUAUAUGAUACAACAGUCACCUCAAUUGAGAGCUAUGGGUCCAGCUGCCAGGGAAUUAUUGCAAUCGGAUUAUGUCAAAAACAUGCUGACAAACCCUCAGGCAAUGAGGAGUAUGAUGGAGAUGCAGAGAGCCAUGGGUGGCAUAGGUGCCACUGGGGCAAACACAAACUUCCCAUCACCCGGAAAUCCAUCUGACUCUAACACUGCAAACACGGAUUCGCCACGUAAUUCAACUUCAAACUCUUCAGGUUCCUCUGUACCAAGCAAUCCAUUUGCGUCACUAUUUGGAGCAGGUGUUCCUGGAGCAGGUUUAGGAGGUAAUCCCUUUUUGGCAAAUCCUAAUUUAAUGAAUCUCUUUGGUGGUGCCAGUACUGGUACUGGUUCAACUGCACCUUCUGCUUCCGAUACAAGGCCUCCAGAAGAAGUCUAUGCAACACAAUUACGUCAAUUAAACGAUAUGGGCUUCUUUGACUUCGACCGUAACAUUGCCGCAUUGAAACGUAGCGGUGGAUCUGUGGAAGGUGCUAUUGAAAUGUUGCUAAACGGCUCUGUUUAA